AGUACAACAAGGCAGUCCGGAGCUUCUCCGCUCCUUGCCAUAUCCAGAUCAGCCACAGAAACUCAGAAAGUAGUCCACUGUAGGGAUAAAGAUUACGGAUUACGGUUUUGCUUGGAAGUGGAACAUGGUGUUAACUUUUUUAUCAUGAAAGGGGAGCUUCUAAAGUUGUUUUGCCUCAUGCCAGAACACUGAAUUUAUUUUUUUUUUUUAAUUAUAGUGCUGUUUUUGUUAUGUAUCUAUAUUUCUAAGUUUGGACACAUGGACUGAUCAGAAGUUUUCACAUCUUGGAAUAAUGAUUGGCUCCUCCCGGAGACAUAUUUAUUUGGGGAUUUAACAGUGGUCGUUGUUUCCUUUUUCCUUUUUUUUUUUUUUCAAAGACUGUAGGUUUAUAACACAUUUUUCAAAAGCUAUGGAAUUAUCUGUGCAAAUUCUUCUUUUUACAGCUUUUCUCUCGUUUAUUAAGGUUUAUGCUCAAGUGGUACUACCUGCGAAGCAUCCAGGCCUGAAGGUGUUGGCCACGGCUUCUCAUUAUUGGCCUCUCGAUGCUGUGGAUGGAAUCCAUGAGCUGUGGGACCAGAUUGGAAACAGACCAGGUUAUGUUAACGGAAGUAACAUAACUCUCAGAAUCCACAACCACACUGUGCUCCCUUCCUCCCAUAACUCUUCCUAUGUGUAUACCAAUGACUCUGCCUACACUAACAUUUCUGCAACAGUAGACAUUGUUGAAGGAAUGGUCAAUAAGGGCAUCUUUCUGAAUGGAGAUAAUGGUGGUACUUUUCUCCACUUUGGAAACUACCAGAACUCAUGUAUUAGUGACCCUACUUGGUGCGGUCCUGAGGGGAUUACCUUCUCCUUUUUCUGGAAAAACCACGAGUCAGAGUCCCGUUUUGCUGUAGCGUCUGGAGGGAAAGUUAUCUCUAAUGGCUUCUCGGUCUACACCAAUCCCUUUGGAGGAUACGUGGAGUUUUACACUCGAGGCAACAACCACCGAUGGAGGGUCCACAUCAAAGUUCCAGGACCUUUCUGGACCCACAUUCUCUUCACGUGGACAAAAAAGGAUGGCCUGAAGGUCUUCACCAAUGGGACCUUCACUGCUGGUGACACAGAUGGCAUGGUCUCAGAGAACUAUGGAGAACCUUACCCUGACCUUGUCAUUGGAACAGGCAACGCACAGAGCAACAGAGCAUAUGGUCACUAUGUAACUGGUGCCUUCGAUGAGUUCGUUAUCUGGGAAAGAGCACUGCCACCUCGCGAGAUCUCACUCUACUAUGGUGCAGCCAUAGGCCAGGCCAUUGUUUCUGCCACAACACCCAGGGUCUCCAAAGAAGUUACUUCAACUGCACCAACAGUUAGAGCAACUGAAGUGAGUCCUCCUGUCGUCAGCCUUCAACACAACGAGGACCAAAGCUCCCAAGAACCAGAGUCCUUGCCAGUGUUGGGCUUCCUUAAGGCGCUGCCCAAUAGGACCAUUCCUUACAACACUGCCAACAACCUCACACAGGCUUUUCUCAAAAGUGUGGAAGAAGUGCUGUCCUCUCCAGGGCUGCCAGAGUUUUCUGUUUUGAAGCAGCAGUCCAUCCCUGUGGUCAGCGGUCUGAUCGAGACCGUGGACAGAGUGAUGGAACACAUGGUGACUAACCUGGAGCCCAGCCCCAACUCUCUCAUCUCCCUGGGUGGACAAUCCCUUAUUGCAGAUUACUCUCUGAUGAAAUUCCCACAAAACUACAACCUGCACCAUUACCGCUUCCCCAAACUGGGCAAGAGUUACAUCUCUGUGCCUGGGGAGGCUUUCACCAUGCAGUCUCAAACCACCAUUGUUGGGCUUUUCUACCACAACAUGCACAACUACUACAAAGAGAUCAGCCCUGUCAAGACAAGGAUUAACGAAGCAUCUGAUUUCAAAGAUCACAAGAUCCAGGUAGCCAGCUGUCUGAUUUCUCUGAAAGUGGAGCCUUCUCCGGCACUAGCACUCAACCUCUCUGGAGCGCCGCUCAUCAAGAUUGUCCUCACCCACAUCCUGAGCAAGGAACAGCAAGAGCAAGUCCUAAACCAGAGCAACAAAGUGUUCCUGUACUGUGCCUUCUUAGACUACAGUUCAAAUGAGGGCGUAUGGUCCAACGAGGGCUGUGUACGCUCAGAUGGAAACUUGACGUACUCUGUGUGUUUGUGCAACCACCUUACCAACUUUGCCAUACUGAUGCAGGUGGUGCCCUUAAAGCUCACCACUGGCCACAGGGUGGCACUAUCAACCAUCGGUUAUGUUGGCUGCUCGAUAUCCAUCAUCUGUCUCGCCAUAACUCUGGUCACUUUUGCAGUUCUGUCGUCAGUGAGCACCAUCCGUAACCAACGCUACCACAUCCAUGCUAACCUGUCCUUCGCCAUCCUGGUGGCUGAGAUUUUACUGCUCAUCAGUGCCCGCUUUGAGCCGGGCACGCUGCCUUGUAAAGUCAUGGCUGUCCUGCUUCACUUCUUCUUCCUGAGCGCCUUCGCCUGGAUGCUGGUGGAGGGCCUCCACCUCUACAGUAUGGUGGUCAAGGUGUUCGGCUCUGAGGGCAGCAAACACUUUUACUACUAUGGCAUCGGCUGGGGCUCUCCACUGGUGAUAUGUGUUGUGUCCAUGACAUCAGCUCUGAACAGUUAUGGCGAGGUUGACAACUGUUGGCUGUCAUUGACGAAUGGAGCCAUCUGGGCAUUUGUAGCACCGGCUCUGUUUGUCAUUGUGGUGAACAUUGGCAUACUGAUAUCUGUGACCAGGAUCAUUUCUCGGAUCAGUGGAGAGAGUUACAAGAUUCAUGGAGAUGCCAAUGCAGUCAAGCUGACAGUGAAGGCAGUAGCAGUUCUCCUGCCUAUACUCGGCAUUUCCUGGAUCUUUGGUGUUCUCGCUGUCAACACUCACUCAUUGCCCUUCCUGUAUAUUUUUGCGGUAUUCAACUCAUUACAGGGGUUCUUUGUCUUCUUGUUUCACUGUCUUCUCAACUCUGAGGUCAGAGCUGCUUUCAAACACAAAACCAAGGUGUGGUCUCUCACCAGCAGCUCCAUCCGAAACAUUAAUGUGAAGCCAUUCAACUCUGACAUUAUGAAUGGAAACAAGGAGGGCGUGACACCUACCAAGAUGAACACAUGGGACAAAAGCACCAACUCUGCCAAUCGCAUCGACCUCUCCGCCGUGUAAAGGGAGAGCGAUCUGAAGCACACUAGUGUAGUACGACAAACACUGGCCAGAGUGUUCUCUCACUAUGUUAAAGAAUUGGACACUCAUCUAUAGUGAUACCAAUGUAGAUGUUGUGUAUAGUUUCACCUUUAAAGACAGACAGACAGACUUUAAGGACUGUGCCUCAUUAUUGUCUCAUAAAAACAUAUUGUUUUCUCAAAAACAAAAGCAGGGAUUUCUUAAAGUGAAAGUCAAAACAUCCAGGAGGGCAGUUCAGGGUUUGGGAAGGGCGUUCUGCGUCUUCAUUUGUUGCAUGGUCCACUGGUAUAUUGCUGUUGGUUUUUCUAAAUGGCCACAGAAAAGUUCUACAUUUUGGGAAAUACAUUAAUUUGCUUCUUGCUGAUUGUUAUGAAAAGAUUGUUGGGCGUCACUAGUAAUGGCGGCUUGCAAUACUUUAAUUCAAAUAGUUAAUUUUUAAUGAAUACAUUAUUAUAAGUGUAGUUGGAACUGGGGGAUUUGAAUCAAAUCAACAAGAAAACAAUUACCUGUAUUUCCCAAAAUGUGAAAAAUUUUACUUUAAAUCAAAAUAAGAUUGUUGACAUUUUUAUUUGUCCCACAAAAUCAAAUAGUGCAAAUACACCUGCUUGAAUUUAUAUGUAAUAUUUAAAGUUUUGGCAGGGUAUUGUUGGAUACAAAUACAUAAACUUGGAUAUAAUGAAAAUAAACACAUUUUGUCAAAUAUAGUGUUAUAUUAAUGCACUAUAAACAUCAUCAUACUGGUUUAACCAGCUGUAAACAUUUAUUUAUCAUCACAAAUCUCUAAUUUUACCUGGAUGGGAUUCUUAGAUUCACCUGCUUUAUUCUUUAAUCCAAUAUUGGGGACAGCACAAAACAACUGCAUGAUAAUAAAGGAUGAAGCAGCAGUGAAUUAGACCCUAUGUAAUUCUGAUAUAAUGUAUUUAUUUAUUGUGUGAAUCGGAUUUCUGGAUCAUGUCUUCUGCAAAGUACCACAGCACAUGUUCUCAUGUCAAAUUCUGUCUAUUUGUGUGUUUCCUCUCUUGAAAUGAACUGGUGUAUUUGCAGUACCUCACACCGUAGUAAGCUGUAAGUAUGUUAAGCUUCUUGAGGAAAAGUGAAUACUGGUUGUGUCUGUCAAAAUUCUGUGAAGGUGUCUUUGGCUAUUUCUGUUGCUAAUUUCUUUUUAAUUUUCAUAAUUUUUUGUACAAUGAAAUGCGUUUCCUUUUUUUCUUAAAAUACUGUGAGAAUGGAGGGAGAUAACAUAAUUUGAAAUGUUAUUGAUCUACACUGUACAAACAUUAACUUUCCUAAAAGCAGGAUUUACUGUAAGUCACUCUGCGUUCACUUUUCCUGUCAAAUGUAAGAAUUUCAAUAUUUCUAAGCUUUUAAGGCCUUUAAUGAUUGUUGUCUUAAGGUACUAUUAUUUGUUCUUCCAAUUAUCUUUAUUAUAAAACGUCUAUGAUAAGGAAAACGUGUCAUCCUUUUUCAAUGAUUUUCACUAUCAUACUCAUUUGUAUUGGUUGUAGACCAUUACAAUUACUGUCAUUAGUGCAUUUGUAAAUGAGAAUUACACUAUUAUGAAUCAAUAUUUUCUAAGGAUGGCUUUGUAAACAAUAUCAGCGACAGGAACCUAGUUGGAGAUGGAGUCGCUACAGUCCCAUCAGCGAAUGGAAAUGCAUUCCAGCUUCAUUCAGAGUUUUAACUUUUAGGCAAAGAUUGAACUCACGAUUCCAUGUCAAUGCUAUUUUAUACUGUUUUAACAUUUAUUUGUAAUUAUUGCUGAAAUCGCAUUUUAUUUGCUCGCUAAUCUGGCGAAUAGUAAUCCUGUGCCUACAUAGAUUUACUCGAAUUAAUAUUUCCAUUCAAUUAGUUUGUUUCCACCUCCACAAUAAACAUCUGCUCUUGAUUUUCUAGAAGUAACAGCUUUGAAAUUCAGACAAAAGUAAUGGCUAAUAUUUACCCAUUCAUAAAAUAGACAAGGCAAGAUAAACUCAAGUUGUUAGUUUUUUUUACACUAUUAUCCACAAUAACAAUCCUUAUCAUGUCCAGUAA